UUCAAAAGCUAGGAGGGAUUGGGAAUGUUAGAAAUGUACCUGAGAUAUGGGUAGGCUUGAAUGAUGGAAGAGGAUUCAGUCACUGUUGGGUUUGAAUUUCCUUGUUAACUAUCUGACUUCCAACAGAGUUCAAUCAGAUGAUACUCUCCAGUCUACAGGUACCAUGGUAAUUUAUAUAUAAGGCACUUAUACAGGUUUUCAAACCUACUAUGAUUAAGCUCUCUUGCUCCUAACGCCAAUUUACACAUCAAUUAGGUUUGUGAAGAUCAAGAAGCUCUUUUGUUCCUAAAGCCUUGCUGGGUCAAUUUUCACCAAUUAUGCUGUCUAGAAAGCCAGCCAAAGAGGUCCAUGGACCAUGGAUGGAGAGUCGUACCCGCUAUACUUAUUGUUGAAGACAGAAAUUUUCUUGAAUCCAUUUGUGCCUGAAUUCCUCUUCCCCAUUGACCUUUUCAUGACUCCAUCUUUGCACCUUUAGUCGCUCGAUUGGUAUCGAUGAAUGGUUGGUUGCUGCUACAUCUAGCUUUGGAAAAGGGUGUGCAUCUUGAGGACGGCAAUGUCAAUAGCCUGCGUAAAUGGGGUGUCAAUCCCUUGGUUUCUGAGGAGUCGUCCCGACUGAUUUCUCCAAUUCCAUUCAACCGAUAUUAAUUCCAAUUGAGUUUCCGACUGAUUUAUACUUGAUUUCUAGGGUUUAAUCUGUUUCUGACCGAUUCUGGCUGAAUCAGACAUAAUCCUGCUCAAUUUGAGGCAUGGUUGUCCUUGAUCUUUAUAGAUUCAUAUUUUAAUUGGGUUGAAACUUAACCUGUGAACAGGAGGCCAUUUGCUGACCUAAGCAUCUCUUGGUGUGCGGUGGACCCACGAGGUAACAUCUGCCAUUGAUUUUUGGGGUUCAAGUGAACAGUUGUUUUUUCCAUCCAGUUCUGCUCUCUUCUGAUACUUCAAUUUUUCCCAUUUAGAUCUACAAUUUGAUCAUUGGAUGGUACAUAUACUUUCCAUCAUGUAUCUCCAUUGUUCGUAGGUGCUGAAUCACAGAGAGCAAGAAUUGGAAGAAGAAUCGGGAAAUAAAACUGUUGUAAAUCGGAAUCUGUCUUCGAUAUAAUUUUUGAAUGAUUCUGAAAUGCCCCAGGAAUGCGAAUGCAGUUUUCUUGCAAAUACCAAAAUGGGUUAUCAGAAACGCCUGAUUUUUUUCAGGCAGCCCAGAAAUUGGUACGCCACAAUGCUUCAUAUCCGACAGGCCCUGACCGAAAAUCCCCAGGAAUUUCAUCUCGGUAUCUCUAUGAACUCUGCCACUUAUACGGCUCUGCUCCAAUCAUGCACAAGAACUGAAUCUCUGAUACAGGGAAAGCUUGUACAUGCUCGUAUGAUCAAGACAUCGUUCAAGUCCUGUCUGUUCCUGGAAAACAAUCUAUUGAAUAUGUAUAGCAAAUGUGGUGAAAUGGAUAUGGCUCGCCAAUUGUUUGAUAGAAUGCCCAGACAGGACAUUAUUUCAUGGAAUUCCCUUAUUUCUGGAUAUUCCCAGAUGGGCUUCUAUCGUAAAGCCAUGGAAGUGUUCAAUCAAGCUAGAAUGGCUCGUAUAAAACAGGAUAAGUUCACUUAUGCUACUGCUUUGAGUGUAUGUGCUCGAGCAGGGAAUAUUGUACUGGGAAAGCUCAUUCACGGGUUGAUCACUAUUAGUGGUUUGGGUGAUCAAGUCUUCUUGACCAAUUCACUAAUUGACAUGUAUUCGAAGUGUGGACACAUUGAUCAAGCGAGGUGCUUGUUCGAUCAUUCUGAUGAGUUAGAUGAUGUUUCUUGGAAUUCCUUGAUUGCUGGUUAUGUUCAGGUUGGUUCAAAUGAUGAAAUGCUGAAAGUUUUUAUUCAAAUGUAUCGAUCUGGAUUUAAGUUGAAUACUUUUGCACUUGGCAGCGUAAUAAAAGCAUGCUGCUUGAACUUUCAUGGUUCAAAAGUAAUUGGAAAACUGCUUCAUGGCUGCACAAUCAAACUUGGGAUGGAUUUGAAUGUUGUUGUUGCAACUGCAUUGCUUGAUAUGUAUGCAAAGAUCGGGGACCUGGAUGAUGCAACCAAGAUUUUCUGGCUCAUGCCUGACCCAAAUGUUGUCACGUUUAAUGCCAUGAUUGCCGGGUUCUUCCGAUCAGAGACUGAAGUCUCUGGCGAAUUUGCAGAUGAAGCUCUGAAUCUAUUCUCUGCAAUGCGAAAAAAAGGUAUGAAGCCUUCGAAAUAUACAUUCUCAAGCAUACUUAAAGCUUGUAAUGUAGUUGGAGCUUUUGAUUAUGGAAAGCAAAUUCAUGCUCAAAUCUUCAAGUACAAUCUUCAAUCUGAUGAAUUCAUUGGAAGUACACUUAUUGACUUAUAUUCACUUUUGGGUUCAACCGAGGAUGGGUUGAGAUGUUUUCAUUCAACCUUAAAACUAGAUAUUGUCUCAUGGACGUCCAUGAUUGGGGGCUGUGUUCGGAAUGGCCAAUUUGAGCUUGCAUUGAAUUUAUUCUUUGAAUUGCUCACUUCUGGAAGAAAACCAGAUGAAUUCACAAUAUCAAGUGUGUUAAGUGCCUGUGCAAAUUUGGCUGCUGCAAGAUCUGGUGAGCAGAUCCAGUGCUAUGCAAUGAAAACUGGAAUUGCAGAGUACACAAUUGUUGCAAACUCACAGAUUUGCAUGUAUGCAAAGUCAGGAGAUAUAGAUGCCGCUAACCUUACAUUCAAGGAGACAAGGAACCUUGAUGUCGUGUCUUGGUCUGUGAUGAUCUCUAGCCAUGCUCAGCAUGGCUGUGCAAAGGAAGCUGUCAGCCUUUUUGAGGGAAUGAAGGAUUCAGGGAUUACACCCAACCACAUUACAUAUCUUGGAGUUCUUACUGCCUGUAGCCACGGUGGUCUUGUGGAUGACGGAUUCCGGUAUUUUGAGAGCAUGAAGAGAGACCAUGUCAUUAAUCCAAACGUUAAGCACUGUUCAUGCAUUGUCGACCUUCUUGGUCGAGCUGGAAGACUGGUUGAUGCUGAGAACUUCAUUAUAAAUUCAGGCUUCAAGGAUGACCCUGUGAUGUGGAGGGCCUUGUUAGGUUCUUGCCGGGUCCACAGGGACACUGUCAUGGGGAAACGCAUUGCAGAGAGAGUCAUUGAACUCGAACCACAAGCUGCUGCCUCCUAUGUGCUUCUCUACAAUAUUUACUUGGAUGCUGGCAUAAAACUUCCAGCGAUGGAAAUCAGAGACUUGAUGAAAGAUCGAGGUGUUAAGAAGGAACCUGGACUUAGUUGGAUUGAAAUUGGGAGAACUGUUAAUUCUUUUGUGGCAGGUGACAGAUCCCACCCAAAAUGUCAAUCUAUUUAUGCUAAGUUGGACGAAAUGUUGGAGAAGAUCAAGAAAAUUGGCUAUGUUGAUGAAACAUCCUCUUUUGAUACCUCUGAGCAAGAUCACAAGGAUGGCUUGGUGGUGAACUACCACAGUGAGAAGUUAGCUGUGGUCCUUGGGAUAAUUGAUUUGCCUAAGUCAGCUCCUAUAAGAGUGAUGAAGAACUUGAGGGUCUGCCAUGAUUGCCAUACAACAAUGAAAUUCUUUUCUAAGGUGGAAAACAGAGAGAUUGUUCUCAGAGAUCCUAUUCGCUUCCAUCGUUUCAUUGAAGGUUCUUGUUCUUGUAAAGACUAUUGGUGACAGAUUGAAGCCAGAUGAUGCUUCUCAGACUAACGAAAAAGAAACUUGAUGGUGGUGGUGUUAUUUGGCAAUGAUAUGGAAGCCUUAUAUUCUUGAAGAUUGAGGCACAUUUGAAAAUUCCCAUGAAGGAUGUUGGUCAUAAUGAGGGCCACGGGAACAAAUAUUGAUGCUGGUGACCCUUGACUCUAUAGUGUUAAUAUCAUCAACAAAUCCAGGGUGGGCAAAAUAGGUGUCCAAGAGAUAUCAUCCCAUUGACACAGCAAUGGAAGGGUCGACCUAAGAGAUUUUUUUUCCUUGAAUCAAUACUCAUAGAUGAUUUCUGAUCAUCAGCGGCAUGAAGAACCAUAACCCUUGUUUUCUCUGCACCUUUAAGCAUUUAACACCGAAUGAAUUAUUAAAGUUUUGGGGCAUGAAGUGCUGGGAAAGAAAUAUGGUUGUCAUAUUGUCAGGUCUUCUGAUAGAAAUCUUGUGAUUUGUGAAAAAAAUUUCUCACUGUUUGGGUCUUGCACUAAGUAUGACUUCGGAUAGAGCCUAUUGGAGAGUAAGGAUCUACGUAGCCGAUCCCAUUUAGCUGAGAUUCUCUUGACUUUCUGGCUGUGCCUCUUUCCUCUUACUUUCAUCUUUCAUUUUUCAUCAUUCGUUGUCUUUCAUUUGUCAUUGUUCGUUUUUCAUUUUUCAUUUCUCAUCUCAUUACCUAUCCCGCUUUUCUGUUCUUUUUCAUCCCCCUUUUCUUUCUAGACCUCAGUUUUCCUUACUUUAUUUUGUUUGGAUUCAUGUAGCCGACCCCAUUAAGUUGGGAUAUAAGGCUAAGUUUGUAGUUUUUAUUGGGGUCAUAAUCGUUUGACUUUCCUAGAAGUGACAAACGAAUCCAGACCAUCCAUUUUAAGUCAUUCCCCUCGACCAAUUUUCCAAUGCGUAAAAGCAUUAUCUUCUCCUCCCCCCAACUGUUAAUGUGUUCCCUGCAAAACAUCACUGGAGUUUGUAGAGUUUGAUGAAAACCAAGAAAGGAAGACAUUGCUGGGUAUAGGAACAGGGAGAGAGAUUAGUGGGAUGCCACCUCCAUUGCUGUUGCCACUGUUUCCAUCAUUGUCUUUGUAACCCGCAACUGCUGCCAAAAACCUGGAGGAGAGGAUUCGAGGGAGGAGAAUAUGGAGAUUUUAAGAUGACAUAUUUACCCCUACAUUAAAUGUUUGCAGAAGAUGUACCGAAGGGGUGUUCUGGGUCCUGAAUGACAAGCUCGAGCUUUCAUAGUGGGAAUGGCUCUGGAUAGAGUUGGUCCCAGCCUCUUAGGCACUGUAGUUGAGACAUAUCUUGAAUGGUAGGUCACAUCUCAUGGCCAUCUGUUUUUUUGGCUUCAUGUGGACUAGCAGAAAAGGUUUGAUUGAUAGUUUGGAUUUUUCUCUAUUUUCUCAUUGAUGAUUAUUCUUAUUCACUCAAUUCAAGUAAUGGAAGCUGUUUUGCUCAAAGUGACUACAUUCUUCUUUCCUGGUCAAGCUGAUGGAGCGCAAUCUGCGUCAUGAUCUUCUCAAUCCAGAAACUGAGCAAUGAUCUCAUCUCAGGUGGUCACCAAAGAAGCUGAUAUCUGGACUGAGUCCUCCAUGAUGCACAGGUCUUAUGUGAACUCACCAUUACAAAUUCAGAUUGAAAUAAAUGGUGGGCACUAUCAAUGCAAUGAAGAGAAGACUAAGACCCAGUCCCAUGUAGAAUUGAAGGGAAAAUGUAGAACCAAGUGGCCUCAUUCUGCCCUCUACAUCAAUUUGUAAUUGGGGACUUUCUAUAGAGAUGCAGUUGUUUCCAAGGGCCAUAGGCCAUUAACUUAAUUGCUUUAUCACCAACCCAUAAAGUCUGGCUUCUAUGUAGUUGUUCUACCACCAAACCCAUUAAGUCUUGACUUCUGUGCUUUUUCCAAGUCAGCCAGGUCUUUGCCAUUGUAGUGCUGAGUACUAUUCAAAACGUUUGUGAAGGGACGACUCUAAAGAGAGGUCUUUCUCGUGAGUUUGUUUGGU